CUUUCAACUCCCAUUUUUCGUAGGUUAGUCCAAGUUUCGGUAACAUUUUUUAAUUAAACGCAACAACACACUUCACUAUUAUAUAAGGAUACCAGUAAAGUUAUAACGAUGAUCAACCAAUCAGAUGUAAAUGAAACACCCGAAAGAUAAAUUCUGUGGCUAAAUGAUUGAUCCUUUCCGCAUGAUGUAGACUGGCAAUAUUAAUUAUUUUUCCCAUAUAUUCAAAACGUAUACUAGUAAGGCUAACAAAACAGAUAUUAUUCACAAAGUAUCUGUACCCCGUUUCACAUACCAGAUUAUUGAAGGUGUUCUUCCAACCUAUUGAGUGUUUCGACUGCUUCGGUAAUGUACUGAGUAACACUUCUAGAGUCCUCGCACUAAUAUCAACUUUAGCUUCUGUACUACAAAGAACAUUGUCUCACCACAACCGUCAAGCGUAUGUAGCGUAGGUUUAAGGGGUGAACCGGACCAUAAUAACUAGUUAAAUGAAGCAGUACGAAAGGCAACUGUAGUGUUCUUUAUUUGGCGUAAAUGGGUCAGUCUUUAUGUGCUCCUGUUCUAUCCAAGGAAACAAAGAGCUGGCAGAAUGAAAAUUAUAGUGUUGCAGUAUCCAGCAUGCAAGGAUGGCGUGUACAUAUGGAGGACGCUCAUAUGUGUUUACUAGAGCUUCCUGGUGAUCCAAAGGCUGCCUAUUUCUCAGUUUUUGAUGGACAUGGAGGUACAAGAGUGGCAAAUCAUGCAAGUCGUCAUCUUCACGAGAAAAUUCUUGAACAAAUUGAAUAUAGUCGGAAUGACAUAAAAGAGGCUAUUCGUCAUGCCUUUCUUUCUAUGGAUGCUGAGAUGCAAUCUGAAAUGACCACAUAUUCUGUUAAAUCAUCGGCACCGAAAUUAGACAGCUCAGUUAAUUUAACAGCUCCUGGUUCAGUUGUGGCAGUGAAAGAUGGUACUGUUGAAACCCACAAUGACAGUACAACAAGCUUCUCUUUGAAAAUUCCAAAUCCAGGUGAUGAAUUGGCUGGAUCCACUGGAAUAAUAGUCCUACUGAAAGAUCAAAUGCUUUAUUGUGGAAAUGCUGGAGACAGCCGUGCAGUAUGUAGCAGACGUGGAGUCGCAGAACCUUUGUCUACAGAUCACAAACCAACUCUACGUGCUGAGAAAGAACGUAUUUCUGCUGCUGGUGGUUGGGUCGAUGCAAAACGUGUGAAUGGGAACCUUGCACUAUCACGAGCUUUCGGGGAUUUCGUCUUCAAGCGUAAUCCACACCAGUCUGCCGAAAACCAAAUCGUAACUGCAAAUCCGGACGUUUUUGUUCGACGACUUUCAGUCGAAGAUGAUGAAUUUAUUGUACUGUGUUGCGAUGGUAUAUGGGAUGUAAUGACAAAUCAGGAAGUUGUAAGCUUUAUUCGUCUGCGACUCAGUUAUGGUAUGCUUCCAUCUAAAGUAUGUGAAGAACUUAUGAUGCGAUGUCUAGCACCUGACUGUCAUACAAAUGGUUUGGGCUGCGAUAACAUGACUGUCGUUUUGGUCUGUCUCUUACAAGGACGCCCGUUCUCGGAUUUGCAACGCAAGUGUUCUCGAUCGUGUCCAGCCGGUCCAGCAGCCGAUAUUUUAGGUGCAUGAAGCUAUGGGAAUUUAUCGCCGUGAAUUUCCUUUGUAGUCCCAGCUGAGAGCUUCGCCUUGUCACUUAUUUUGAUCUAAUAUUUACAAUAAUUUUUUUUACCUCCUAAGUAGUCUUGCAUUUUGUUUCUAAGAACUGUAACCUCACUGCAUGUAAUUAUUUUAAAAAUUCGGUUAAUUCUUGAAUGAUACUAAAAGUUGUGACGAUUUACCAUGCUUGUUGGGCGUUAUGCAUUAAUCUUGUUGGUAGAUAGAUGUGUUAUAUAACUUAUCAAAUUGAAUGGAAGUUUGCUUAUCUAUCAUAUUGAAUAACAUUGCAAUUAGCUGUUUGA